AUGAGUUCCGGUGAGUGGGAUUUGCGUGCGCUGAAGGCGCUCGAGGAGGAGGAACAAAAGGAGUUUCUGGCGCUCAGCCAAAAGAAUCUCUUCGAGCCGCCGCUGCCAACAGGUGGAGGCGACAAUGCCAGCGUGCUCAGUGCGGGAGCCAAACCAUCGUUGGCCUAUGCGCAACUGCAUCCGCAUCUGCUGAAGCUGCCCACCAUCGAUGAGUGCCAGCUGAUUGCCGCUCAGCGUCAGUCCGCAGCGAGUGUGGCGAGUGGAGCGCGUUUAAAAUUCACGCGUGCACUUUCGCUCUCCGCUCACUCGCUGUCACCUCGCACAGGCGGCGGAGGAGGCGGAGCUGGCUUUGGCAAGAAGCUGAAGGCGCGGCUAGUGGGUGCCAAGUCAAGUGGUUCGCUGUCCCCCUCAAGGUACUCGCAUAGCUACAGCGUGUCGCCAGUUUAUACGCCGCCGCCGAUGCGACGCUGUGCCACGCUGCAUCACACGCAACCCGUGCGGAAGACAUUCAAGACGCUGCAGCAGAUGGAACGGCAGAAGCGGCAACAUAACAACAGCAGCAACAACACAACGCCAACGGCAGGCAACUUGCCGCAGUUGCAGCGCAUUGUGGGCACCAACAAAACCUACUGGAAAUAUGGCGCCAACUCCACAGCAGCCUCUAUUAUAGGACAACGCGCCAGACUCCAGCAACAGCAGCAGCAGCAGCAGCUUAGUGAAUUGGAGUCCAGCAACUCGGAUGAACCCAAUGCGGAGCUGCUGGAGUCGGAGGCAUUGGACAGCGCCACAGAGACGGGCUCGUGUAGUGUCCCAUUGCCGGCGGCGGACUCCAAUGAGCUGUUGCGCCUUAGCAUGAUGUUAACGGCCGCCAGCUCGGCUGUUACUGCUGCCACAGCAACUGGUGGGUCGAUGAGGCCACAGCAGAGAGUUGUCGAGCAGAAUGGUUGCGAAACUGUUGCGUACGAAGCUUUUCACAGGCCCAAGAGCUUUGAGCGCACGCUCUUACGCGGAAGCAGCUUAACAGUAACAGCGCAAGAGAGUCACAGUAACAGUCGGAGUCGCAGUCACAGUCCCAGUCCAAGUCCCAGUCGAACGCGGCCAAUGCAAUCCACACGCAUAUUCAAGUCUACAUCGCUGGAUGCUGGCGCAGAUUUACAGCAGCAGCAACAGAUUAUUGGCCAGCCGAUUGCCAUGAUGAGCAUGACAGCAGCCACAAAUCAGCUGGCAGAGCAGCAGCAGCAGCAGCAGACAAACGAGUCUCAUUACCACAAAGGAAAGGGAGAAUGGGAACGUGCGAAAGUCAAAUAUCAUCAGGAUUUGAACGUCGCAUGUUAUGGUCAUGCACUGACGCUAGGUGGCGCCAGCAUCGACGAUGAGCUCGAGCAACAUAUCAAGCAUUGUUCGUGCUCCUGCAAUCACAUGGGCUACGGCAAUUCAAUGGACUACCAGACACUUAGUGGAGUAACUACAUCAUAG